AUGAGUGACACCGAGCAGCAGUACUCGAAGAGGUCCGAUGACUAUGAGAGUGACGACGAUGACGAUGAAGACGAUGUUGAUGAUGAGAGUUCGGAGGAGGGUGAGGAGGCGAAAUCUUCUUCGUCUUACAAGGCCCCCAAAGAACCCCGCUCCAAGCAUGCUCGCGCCAAAGUUGAGAGUUCGGCGAAGAAGCAGCCCAAACUGCCCAAGCAAAUCUCCUCCAAGCCUCAGAAGGUUGCAGUGCCGAGGAUCAAGGUGGCAGCGCUUGUGGCCUCGAACAACGACACCUCGACAACUUCAGCAGACCCGCAUGCCCGCAAGCCAGGCCCUAGUGACGCUGAAGCGGCGGAUGCCACCACCUCCAAGGCUCCGCCUGAGAUUAUCCAGCUGGACGACGAGGAGAGGGCUGACCUGCUGUAUCUGGAUGCCAUCGGGGAGGGAGUGCCGAGUGCUGACACGCCAAUGAAAGAGGCCUCUCCUCGCCAGAUGACCCGCGUUUCUUCGGCAAAGGUCGCCGCCAAGACCGCGAGGCCGAGUCCUAUGGCUCAGGGUGGGGUGAGCAAGGAGGCUCUGAUCCCGGUGGGGCUGAUGUGCGACCGGCUCAAGGAGGCUUUCGACGCCAGCGCGGCGCUACAGACCAUUGUUCAAAGGACUUGUGAGAUGGGAUCCCACUAUGCUACAAUGGAGAAGGAGGUGGCGUCUCUUCGACUCGAUCUGGAGGCCGAGAAGCUCAAGAGCACCCGACUGGAGCAAGAGAAGAAAACCCUGGGAGAUGUUCGUAGCGAGAACACCCAACUCGUAACGAGGCUCAGGACUUCUAUUUCUUUAGAAACCAUGAAGCAGGCUCUAGAGAGCAAGGACAAGGAUCUGGCGUUGGCCCAGAAGGAAGCCAAGACCAAGACCAAACUUGCCGAUGAGAAGUUGGCUUGA